AUGGCCGCGCUGGAGCCGGCCCAGGUGCCCGAGGCUCUCCAGGAGGUCACCAUCGCUGCCACCACUGAGAAGCCGUGGCCACUCUCCGGCCACCGCCCCCCCCUCCCAGCAGACUUCCCUGUAUAUAACCCUGACCUGCUCGCUCGGCUGGAGCAAGGGGAGGAGGUUUGGAUCCCUGACAUCCAGAGCUCGGAGGAGGAAGAGGAGGAGGAACAACUGGCGAGACCCCUCUUGAGGUUGUGGACAAGGAAAAGGAAAUGGUGGAGAAGCUGCUGCGAUGCCGGGAGCUCCUCCGGCUCCAACUCCUCUCGCUCAGACGAUGGGUGGACGAGCGAGACGGAGGAGGACAGUUCCCAGGAAGAAGAUGAAGAUCUGCACGGUGGGUCGGCGAGGAAACCCAAAGGUGGCAUCUCCCUGGGCUAUGAGCACCACAAGAACCACUCGGGAAGGAGAUCGGCUUCUUCCAGCCACAAUGGGAGAAAGCCUAAUACCAAGACCCCCUCAAGAAUACAGCUGGGGCAGCACAAGCACGCCUGCAGCAAGUGUGGGAAAAGCUUCAGUCGUGGUUCGUCUCUCAACCGGCAUCAGAGGGUCCAUCUGGAAGAGAAACCCUUCACCUGCUCCAACUGCAGGAGAAGUUUCACCUGCAGCUCCACCCUCAAGGACCAUCAGAAGACCCGAUGCCAAGAGAAGCCCUACAAAUGUCCCAGCUGUGAGAAACGCUUCACUUCCGCAAAGUCUCUCAAAAAACAUCGCCACCUCCACCUGGAGAACGGGGCGUACCGGUGCUCCGACUGUGGGAAAAAACUCACUUCCAACUCAGCUCUUAUCAUCCACCGGAGGAUACACACCGGGGAGAGACCCUAUGAGUGCCCAGACUGCGGGAAAAGCUUCAUGGCCAAGAAGUCCCUCAACAAGCAUCGCAAGAGCCACACGGAAGAUGGGUUCUUCAUCUGUCCUGACUGUGGGAAAAAACUCACUUCCAACUCAGCUCUUAUCAUCCACCGUCGCAUACACACUGGGGAGAGACCCUACGAGUGCCCCGACUGUGGGAAAAGAUUCAUGGCCAACAAAUCGCUCAGCAAGCAUCGCAAGACACAUGUGGAGGAAGGGACCUAUAAGUGUUCCGAGUGUGGGGAAACCUUCCCCAAAAACUCAGCCUUCGUAGUCCAUCUCAGGACCCACAGGGCCCAGCCCCCCUAUCCGUGCUCCGACUGCGGGGAAGCUUUCUUUGAAAGCUCAUCUUUUAAGCGACACCAGAAAAAGCAUUUGGUAGAGAAACCCCACCAGUGCUCCAACUGUGGGAUCGCCUUCACCGUCCACUCGGCCCUCCUCCUCCACCAAAAGAGCCACAUAGGACCCAGACCCUACGUCUGCUCCGACUGUGGGAAAGCUUUUCGGGAGAGCACCACCCUCCGUAGGCACCAGCGUAUCCACACGGGUGAGAAACCCUACCAGUGCUCUUACUGCGAGAAGAGCUUUCGGGCCAGCUCCACCCUCAUCAUCCACCAAAGGAUCCACACUGGGGAGAAACCUUAUAAAUGCACCAAAUGCACCAAGUGCUUCAUGUCCAGCUCUUCCCUUAUGAACCAUCAGAGGUUGCACAGGGGAGGAAAGACUUUCAAAUGCCAGGAGUGUGGAAAAGAGUUUGGGAAGAGCUCAGACCUUAGUUCCCAUCAGAAAAGCCACAUGGCGGAGAAGCCCUACCAGUGCUCGACGUGUGAGAAGUUCUUCAAGGACAGGUCCACCCUCAUUAGGCACGAGAGAGUGCACACAGGAGAGAAGCCCUACAAGUGCCACGAGUGCGGGAAGAGGUUCACCCGCAGCUCGGACAUCAUCGUCCACCAGCGGACGCACACGGGGGAGAAACCCUUCGAGUGCUCCGAGUGUGGGAAGAGGUUCAGCCAACGGUCCAACCUCUUCACCCAUCAGAUCGUCCACACCGGGGAGAAACCCUUCACCUGCCACGAGUGUGGGAAAAACUUUGCCCGCAGAUCGGAGCUCACCAUCCAUCAGCGAACGCACACCGAGGAGAAGCCCUACCAGUGCUCCCAGUGUGAAAAAUCCUUCCGGGGGAGGUAUGGACUCUUCAGGCACGAGAGGUUGCACACGGGGGAGAAACCCUACGAGUGCUCUGAGUGUGGGAAGAGCUUUGGCCAGAGCGGGGACCUUAUCACCCACCAGCGCUUCCACACGGGAGAGAAGCCCUACCACUGCUCUGAGUGCGGGAAGUUCUUCUGCAAUAAAUCCAGCCUCGUUAAACACCAGAAAUGGCAUUUGGGGGAGAAGCCCUACAAGUGCCACGAGUGCGGGAAAAGCUUCGGGCAGAGCUCGGACCUCAUCGCCCACCAACGGACCCACACCGGGGAGAAGCCCUACCCCUGCACUGAGUGCGGGAAGAGGUUCACCAGGAAAUCCAGCCUCAUCGUCCAUCAGAGGGGACACGCCCGAGAAAAGAAAUAUAUAUGCACCGAGUGCGGGAAAAGGUUCAGGCAGAGCUCAAACCUCAUUGUGCACCGAAGGACACACACCGGAGAAAAGCCGUACAAAUGCUGCGGGUGUGAGAAGUUCUUCAGUGACAGAUCGAACCUUGCGAAGCAUCAGCGGCUGCACACCGAGAAAAAGCCCCUGAGGUGCCGUGAGUGUGAGAAACGGUUCAAAGACCCGUCCACGCUCAUCAGGCAUGAGACGCUGCACACAGGUGAGAAGCCCUACAAGUGUCAUGAGUGCGAGAAGAGAUUCACCCGCAAAUCGGACCUUACGGUCCAUCAGAGAAUCCACACUGGGGAGAAACCCUUCGCUUGCUCUGAGUGCGGGAAAACCUUCAACCAUCGGUCGAAUCUUUUUACUCAUCAGAGGAGGCACACGGGCGAGAAGCCUUUCCCGUGCCAAGAGUGUGGGAAAAACUUUGGCCACAGGGCAGAUCUAGUUGUCCACCUAAGGACCCACAGCGGCGAAAAGCCCUACCACUGCUCCGAGUGCGGGAAAUACUUCAAGGGUCGUUCCACGCUCAUCAGACACGAGAGGUUGCACACGGGGGAGAGACCCUAUCAGUGUCCUGAGUGCGGGAAAAGCUUUGGGCUGAGCGGGGACCUUGUUGCCCACCAGCGUUUCCAUACAGGGGAAAAACCCUACAAGUGCCCCGAGUGCGGGAAGGUCUUCAGCAACAGCUCCAGCCUCAUUAGGCAUCAACGACAGCACGCGGGAGAGAAGCCCUACAAGUGCCACGAGUGCGGGAAGAGCUUCGGGCAGAGCACGGACCUCAUCGCACAUCAGCGAACCCACACCGGGGAGAAGCCCUACCUGUGCCUGGCAUGCGGGAAGAGGUUCGGUAGGAAAUCCAACCUUAUGGUGCACCAGCGAGUGCACGGUGCGGACGGGCUCCGCAAACGCCGGCAGCGUGGGAAAAGCUUUGUGGAGAACACAGCUCUUUCAGUCCGUCACGACAUCUUGAUGGAGGACAACGCUGCCCCGUGCUCAGCCCCGCUGAGCAUCAGCAGUGACACGGAGAAGAAAAAACAUUGA